AUGGAGCGCUCUCUAAACGCCGUUCGAUGUCUCCUGGUGACUUGUUGCGUGGCCUUUCUGCUCUUUCUGGUUGGGUUCGUACUGGUCGGUCUUCCAGUGGCCUUUCUCUUCCCCGCAUGUGGGGACCAACUGGUCGCAUCGCCGGAUAUCGCUCUGCUACCGCCGAACCAGACAUUGACAUGCAAGAGCAUGAAUGUCAGCUCCUUUGGGGAGGCCGUCGUGAAGCAGCUGCAGGAUCCGCCACCAGAGGCAGCGCAGGCGUGUGGAGAGAUCAUUGACACUGACGUGGUCGAGAACAAGACGGUCGCCCAGACCUGCCUUGAGUUCUGCCAUCAACGCCUUGGCACUACCUUUCGGAUAAUGUACCUUGGUAUGGUGGUGUCGAAAGCGCCGGAUCUCAACACCAGCGCCGCGGAGGAGCGCAAGGCGACAUCUGCCUGCCUUAAGGCAGAAGUGGGUUUCCGGGCAAGGGAUAUUGCAUGGCUCCUUGCCUUCGCGGCCUUAAUGUACCGCCUCUUAGGCAUUCUCUUUGCCAUGGGGACCUACAUGAGCUCAGCAUCUGGAGACUCGACGGCUUUGUGCGUGGCACCAGACUCAGAGAUCUGCCGAGACGAUGGGCCCUUCGCAAACGGCAAUGUAGGACUCCCAUGGCGGUACUGCUACGAGGCGAGGUCCGACUUCGAAGCCUCGCGCUUCAAGCUCUUGGUGAGCCUCUUCGGCAUUCUCACGGAGCCCUUCUUCGAUGUCGUCAGCCUGGCCAGCUACCUUCGCCACGGCCAGCCCUUCUACUUCGUCGUCGCCAGCUUGGGCUUGGUAGGGAGUGCGGCGUCGACAGGAGACCCUCUCCAGGCCGAUUGCCUCGUGGAGUGGUACCGUUCCUAUUCCCGUGGCUUUAAGACCCGAGGCCUGUUACGGGCCCAGGCUGGGGAUGUUACUGAAGUAAUGUGUUCGACCGCGGUCCAGCUGUAUGCUGCCCUGGUCAUGACCACGGAGCCAACGCAAGUGCUGAUGCUUCUCUUCUUCGCAGUCCUCAGCCUGGGUUUCACCCUGCCCGAAAUCUGGGAGGGCCGCUGGCUCCUCAGAGACCCGAAGCUCAAGGCCUGCAAUUUCGAUAACUUUUACGAAAUGGAAGCCGCCCGGCACAGAGUGGGCAAGGCCUGGAAGUGGUUUCAUUCCUUUCUGGCCGUCGCAUUUGUGGAACUCUGGAUCCUCCUCUGUUCGGCGCGCUGGGGCUUGUUGGUCCACCAAUUUUGGCACUUUAGAGAGUCGCCCGGGUAUCUACCAGUUGUCUUGGGGCUGCCGCUUCUCCUCAGUCUGAGUUACGCGUUCCUCUUGUUGCUUCGCUUUUGUUGCCGCAGCCCCCGCCCCGGCUUCAUUGCCGUAUAUUUGUUUGUUUUAGUGGCAGAGAGUUCUGUGGUUCCUGCACCGCUCACCAGCCUUCUUUGCAUGGAUGUCCUCUUUGCCGGUGGGCGAAGCCCCUUCGCCGAGUACUAUUUUAGAACCUUCCACUGGGAAUGGCAGCUGCUACUUUGGAUGCUGUGCUGGUUUCUCACGCUCGGACUUAGCGAGAGUUGCCUUUGUGCCCUUGCCUGGGCGUCCUUAAGCCGUUUAGGCACCUCUUUGCCAUGGAAGCUCGGGGUGACCACUGCCGGGGGCAUUUGCGUUGCAGCGCUCUGGGCGUACCUUCUGCAGGAUUUCGACUGGCAGCAGUCCCUUACGGCUCUGGCGGCAUUUGCCCAGGUGCUUUUCCACGGCGGCGCUCUUCUCGUGGUGCAUCUUGGAUCCUGGUGGAUGGCCUACAGUUUCCUUUUCGAAGAGCCUGGCUCGCAACCCCGGUCGGCCGAAACAGCCGAGGAAGGCGGUGGGACAGACACAGAGGCGCCGCUAACAUCUGCGCAGCCACUUCUGCAUGCAGAUUCGGUGGCCCCUAGCGAUGGACCCAGCUGGUCUGCUGCCGAUGCAGCCACAUCCUUUCUUGACUCCAUACCCGAGCUGGAAUGUGCCCUUCCAGGGAUGCCCCAACGCCCAUCCACACGACGCAGAGGAGGUGCAGAAAUCUUCCACAGCCAUGCUGCUUGUCGACCGAUGAGCGCAUGA